AUGGCAGCUGUAGUUACAGGUGGUAGUGCUCUAGGGAGAAAAGGAUUGACGCAUUUAGUAGCUGUUGCGGUUGGUCUCACAGAAUCCAGGAUGCACUCCGUGCUGUGCAGGAGAACUUGUUCACAAUGUAAACAGGUAACCAGCAAAGAAGACCUGCCCAUUCCAAUGGAAAAUCCUUAUAAGGAACCUCUUAAAAAAUGCCUCUUGUGUGGAAAACGUGUAGAUUAUAAGAAUGUACAGCUGUUGUCUCAGUUCAUUUCUCCAUUUACUGGAUGCAUUUAUUCAAGACACAUAACAGGUCUUUGUGGAAGGAAACAGAAAGAAAUCACAAAAGCGAUUAAGAGGGCUCAAGUGAUGGGGUUUAUGCCAGUCACAUACAAGGAUCCUGCGUAUCUCAAAGACCCCAAAAUUUGUAACAUCAAAUAUCGGGAGUAA